AUGCCUGACUUGCACAGUCUCCCGGAUGGCUGGCUGCCUGGAAGUGAAAUUGUGCGCAACAAUGGUCCAGAAAAUCUGGUGCUGGAGCGAUUCAAGUUGCGAGAGCUUGCAGAAGGCUGGCCAUGUUACAGAGACGCAUGCGAAUGGGAAAACUUCGCGUCAAUAUUCCACGAGGAUGCAUACGUCUACACGACCUGGUCCGGGAGGGUCAAAUACACCGACUUCAUCGAGGGAUCAAAGGCCGGAAUAAACAAAGGCGCAUUCAUCAUGCAUCGGUGUCAUGGGACCACGACAGAUAUCUCCCCAGACGCAAAGCGUGCAGUCACCAAGAUGAAGGCGACAAUAACGCAGAGGUUCAUCAUCGAUGGGUGCGAGGUAGACGCAGAAGCGGAUUGCCGAUUCAUAUUCUUCUUUGAGAAGAGGGAUGAGCGAUGGGCGGCGCGCCUCGUAAGGCACUGGUACGAGAAGGACAAAUUGAUCCCCGUAAACCCUGCUAGGGUGCCUAUUCUCGACGAAGAGAGACUCAGGUCGUACCCUGACGGAUACAAGAUGCUGGCAUACUGUCAAGAAGCCACCAUGGGGGUCUCUGUUCUUAGGGAUAUGCCCGGUCACCGACGCCACGCCGGGACACCAUCUGGUGACAAGCAUGAUCUUCUUUACAGACAGGCACGUGCCUGGGUAGAAGGGGGAGAGAUAGAGAUUUAG